GCAGCCGCUCACAAAAAAAAAACAAACCACAACCCCACAAGAAACCCCGCACGCCCCUGAACCCUGGGAGUUGAGAGAGCGCGGAGGAGGAGGAGACGGCGGAGGGGGCGGGGAGAGAGCGAGGGUUGGCUGUCUAUCCCCGAAGCCUCUCUGCGGAUUGGCUGCAGAAGGAGGAGAGGGAGUCUUCGCCCACUUGGCUUUGAAGGCAGAGUGUGUGCGUUGUGGUGGGGGAAGGAGAGGGCCCGGUUUCGGGCUGUUGGCUUCCAGGAUGGAGGGUGGGUCUGUGUCCAACGUGGAGGUUUGUAACUUGGCUUACACGGGGCGGCUGGAGGAGCUGAAGGAGCGGCUGAGCGCCAACCGGAGCUUGGCGGAGCGCGCGGACCAGGUUGGCAUGGCAACCGGAGGGGGGCGUGGUUAAUUGUCUGUGAGUCGGGGGGCUGCCAGGGCUCCACUUCUGAGGCAGUGUGGUGUAGUGGUUAAAGUGGAAACCCGGAGACCUGGGUUCAGCAGAUCCCCACUCGGCUGUGAGGCUUUCACUGGGCGGGCUUCCCCUCUUUCUCAGCUUGGGGAGGGAGAAACCUACGCAGGGCGUCUUUUGAGUUCCUUGAAAUAAAAGUUUGGCAGAUCUGCCCCCGGGACAGGUUCAAGACGUUACUAUUAACAUAUAACAAUUUGGGACCAGUUUAACCACGAUAUCGCCUUACCCCCGCAUGUUCCCACAGUACCGCAUAAUUGACGUUAGUGCAGAUGCCACAUAAAUACCCUUUCAGCAUUUGUUAGUACAGUACUCAGUCGUUUAGUUACUGUGGUAACUUUGGAAGUCUCUGCCUAUUGAGCUCAAGCAGGUGCCUUCACUGUACUCUUUUCGGUGUCUGCUAAAAGCAUCCUUGUUCAGACAAAGCUUCGCAGAUGCUUAGAAAGUUGAGCUAAUUCUAAUCUGUUCUUGUAUUUUUAAUUUUUGUAUGUUUUGAAGUAGGGUUGUGGAUUUUACUUGAUUUUAGUGCUUUAGCAUUUGCUUUGAGGUUUUAAUAAUCAAGCGAAAUAUAAAAUUUAUGAAUUUAACAACAACAACAACAACAACAACAACAACAACAACAACAUAAAGGCCUUAAACCCAGCCAUGUUAUUCUAUGCCAUCGAGGGUGCUUUACUGUUUUUUCUGUGUUUUGUAUUUUGUAUAUGUUUUCAAGUCCUUGAAAAGUGCACCAACCACCCUGGUAUUUUCACACCACCCUGGUAUUUUCACAUGUGGAAUAGUAGAGAAAUUCCAACAAAUAAUCAAGCUGGGGCCAGCAACACAAUGUUUUAGUUUAGCAUGUUCCUGUUCAGGGUACCAGCCAGUUCAGCACCCUGACUUUGAGGAGGCUCCAUAACAUUCCCAUCAUUGGUGUACAGUAUUCUAGUUUUCUCUCCCAACAGCCAACCAGUAUUCUGUGGCCACUGAGCAUGCUUAGUCCUCACUGGCUAUUUUGAGGGGUUCGUACCCUGAUUGUGUUCCUGGCCCUCCCCCGCCAAUAUAUAUAUAUAUAUAUUUGAGAUAGUUAUAUAUUGCUUUUCAGAAGAACCUCACAAAGUUUUUCACAAGACCUCACAAAGUUUUUCACAAGACCAUAUGUUUUAUAAUAAAACAGAAAGAUGAAAGGGAGGAGCUUUUUAAAAUCUAGUUUUUCGCAUACACAUUCUUUAUUGCAGUCCAAAGACUCACAAAAACAGUUUUAAAAGUGCAGUAAAUCUAGUUUUUGUAUUCUUGCAAACUUUGGGGUCUCCUCAAUCUCCCUGAUUAAUCCCUUUUUUUCCUUGGAAGGUGCUGUUUUGCCUACAUAAGGAUUAGCUAUCAGGGAAUGAGUUUCCAAUUAGAAUAUAGCAGGGAUAGGAAACCUUUAUCAUUUUAGAUGUUGUUGCACUCAAACUGCCAUCCUGUCUGAUUAUUGGCCAUGUUGGCGAAGACAGAUGGGAAAUGAAGUCUCACGCCACCUGGAGGUUGCCCAGUCCUGAUAUAAAUGGCAUAGAUAAAUACAGUUCCUAACAUUAAAGAACAGCAGGGUUUAUUUCUGCUUGGGAAGCACAUAGACACAUAUGUCUGUGAUUCCGAAACUCUUCCCCCUAACUCUUACUAGAGGGGAGAAAGGGUGCUCUGUUUACUAAUUCAGUUGAGAAUGGGAUGCAGUACAUACCUGGCAGAUGUUUAAAUCAGUAAGAUUGCCAGAUGCCAGGGUUUCAGCUUCUUAAAAGAAGAAGAAUGACACUGUAAAAUACAGGCAGCUGAUUUAUUGUGAUGUGGGUGUUUUUGGACUUCAGCCCACUUCAUUAAAUGCAUAAAGGGUUUUUUCCUCAGGUGGCAGAGGGCAAGUGUACCAAUUAGAAGAGUGAAAAUAUAUCUGCCAACGGAAAAUAGCACAAUAUGCGCCUGAAGACACACCAUGCACCCUAAAAGCUUAUUUUACAAUAUGUUUGUUUAUUUUUAAAGACAUCACAAAGUUAUUUGUCCAUAGCUGCAAAAAGAAUAAACAUAGCUACACCUCUAGAAGUAGCAUGGGGGUGGUGUUAAAUUUCAGGGUGAAAAUUCCAAAAAUCAAUGUUGCAUCAUGCUGCAUUUAAAUGCAUUUUUUUGUAUAUAAUGACAUACCUGAGAGCACGUUCCCAGUAACUAUGAAGAUUUUGCUACCUGAAUCCUGACCACCCAUUGGGGUGGGGGCAGUUUGAAUGCUCUUCUAAAUGCCUGGGGCACUGUCUGGAGAAUGAAAUGGCCUCUGGGAACAUACAAAUUGGCCAUUAUUGUUCUUACUGUUAAAUGACUUGCUGCUUGUAUAAAGGAGUAUCUAUCCUUUUUAGUUUUCAUCGUUCUAGUUCGUUCUGAAUGUUCUGUUAAUGCGUCUUUCUAAAUAAGGCCACAAAAGUUACUAGUCUGCAAAUAAUCAUAAUCAUAAUAAUUGUGGCCUGCUGGGAGCUGACAGAAGAAGAAUGGAGAGCUUUGUCACUCCUUCAGCAAUCUGCUGCCUGUCUGUACUGGGUGUAAUGCUCUGUCCUUUCUCCUCUAGCCCACCCCCAUGCCUUCAUGCAGUGCCCUCUUGCUUGUGGAUACUAGAUGUGUUCUUAAAUACAAGGUUGUACUAAUGCUUAUUUGUGUUUUGUGUUUUAGGAUAACAGGACAGCCCUACACUGGGCAUGUUCAGCUGGGCAUGCAGACAUUGUCGACUUUUUACUAAGUCUGGGAGUGCAUGUUAAUGACAAAGAUGAUGUAAGUUCUGGACUUAUUUUUCAGAAAGUGCUUAGGCAGGAUCUUGCAUGUAUAGUUCAGAGGUAUAUAGUUCAGAGAUGGGAACCUCCAUCCCACAGGCCAGAGGUUCCAGCUUUGCCCACAAGGCCAUUCACCUGACCGUUAGCUGACAUCCCUAGAAACGUCAGCUGAUGGGUAGAACAGGAGUUAAAUUUUGCAUUAGCUGUAUGCCCUCUUCCCAGGGAACAGGAUUGCACAGCCAAGUUAGCAGGAUUUUAUGAGCAGAUUUAAAGCCCUUUGCAAAAGUACUGUUUGCUCAGCUCAAACUGCCCACUCACUUAAUGGACAAAGAUGAGAUGCUUUAAUCAACACUUAUGCAAGGCACUUUAAAGCAGCUCCAUGUUCUCAUUUCAUGAUAAAACCCCAGCGCUAAGCAGGUUGUUAUUAUCUUUCAUUUCACUUCUAUACUGCUUUAUAUUUUAAGGGGGGAAAGCUAAAAGCACUUUACAACUCAUUAAAACAUCAAAUAAAACAAUCCAGUGUAAAACAUUACUAAAGAAAGUCAGAUAUAAAAUAUACAUUCAAAGCAACAUAAUUAACAGGAGACUAAAAUGUUAUCUUAAACAUUCCAAUAGAAAACAUUACUUCAAGGAAGUCAGGUGUAAAAUUCACAUUUAAAAAAGCAUAAUUAACAAAAGAAUAAAAUAUUAAGCACAGAACAUAUCUGCUGCUGUUGCUGCCAGUUUUGCCAAUUCUGGCUAGUGGUGACUGGAAAUUCAGGCGAUGUCCUGGUUCUGCACUAAGAGACAGCCAGGAUGGUCUCAGUGGUUCACAUGCACCACAUCCCCUUAGUCUGGCUAUGUGAGAAAGUUCCCCGCAGGGAGCUUUCUCAGACGCCCUACCCAGCUGCUUGACUGCACAUGCAGCAGGCAACAAGGUGCUGCUAACAGGAGAGUUUCUUCCCCUUUGGACAGAAGGUAAAAACUUGCCUUUAGCACUUUGCUGCCUCCCAGAUGCUUCAAAGUCCUGACUUCACCAUUUGUGACAUUAAGUGAUUGGUGGGUCAUGCCCUCCUCUCAGACUAGGCCUGCAAGGCAAAUCUUAAUUAGGAACUGGUCUAUGAAGCUAAGAAGAUUCCCCACUGCUGAUAUAGUUCCUAAUGCUGCUGGAGUUGUUACCAACUACUCUCACGUGUUAAAGAAGAAUUAGUGAUACACAGAGGUGGGAUGUGUGCUGGUUUGUUAUCUUUGGCUGCUGUUCUCAACAUGAGAUGAGGGGUUGUUGUUUUUUACGGACUUCUGGGGCCCUUUUGAGCUGGCACAGCCCUUGUGUGAGGUAAAUUUCUGAGCCCCUUCUCAGUUUAAAAGUUCUCAUGUGAAAUUGAAAUGAAGACUGUAUGGCUUCCAAAAAGAAAUUUUAGAAUUGGUGAACCAUUCAGUCUUCAGCUACACCUGAAGGAAGGCAUAGUUGCUUCUCUUCACUGCUGAAGAAGGCAGGCUGAGCUGGUUUGAAAAGAAAGCUGCAACAUUAUCAUGACUUCUUCUCUGAUCCAAAGUCACAUAAAGUCGCCGUAUAGCUGUGGAAGGCCCAAUACAGUGGUACCUCAGGUUACAUACGCUUCAGGUUACAUACGCUUCAGGUUACAGACUCCGCUAACUGAGAAAUAGUACCUCGGGUUAAGAACUUUGCUUCAGGAUGAGAACAGAAAUCGUGCGGCGGUGGCGCAGCAGCAGCAGCAGGAGGCCCCAUUAGCUAAAGUGGUGCUCCAGGUUAAGAACAGUUUCAGGUUAAGUACGGACCUCCAGAAUGAAUUAAGUACUUAACCCGAGGUACCACUUUAUAAGAGGCUCAGAAAUAUAGUGGUGCUCUAGAAAGCUAAUUUGGGGAGGUAGGUGGCAACCAGAACUAGGGAGCCUGGUCCUUUCCUUAUUGGCUAUUUAAUAUCAUGUGAUGGCAGUUGUAUAAAUGUUGAAUGGUGGGCCAUAUUCCACUUUAAUGACCAAAGCUACCUGCUAUUGAGUAAGUUCUUAAUGAAGUUGAGCAAGUUAUUUUAUGGAAGAGAUGGGGAACCUGUAGCCUUCCAGAUGUUUAGGACUCCAGCCCCAAGCAGCAUAGCCAAUGAUCAGCUGUAAUCCAACAGCAUCUGGAGGUACAGAUGUGCCCCAUCCCUGUUUUACAGUAUUUUCAUAGGGGAUAAAUUUUGUUAAAACCUUGCCAUGGUUCUGUAGUAUUGGAUUUUCUUCCUAACAGAGCUUGAAAGUUUGGUUGUACAAUGUCUUAACGGUCCCUGGUGACUAAAAACCAUGAGCCAGCAAGUCUUCUGUUUAGAGAGGAAACUGAGAACUCUCUAUAAGCCAACCCUAGCUUCCAUGUUAUCACCGAUGCAGAGGUCUGGGGUACUUUCCUCACGACAGAAGUCUUUCUACCUGCCCUGCUUCUGUGAAUUGUAAAGCUUAUAGUAUACUAUGCCUUGUUUUCUUUUCACUCCUCAGGCUGGCUGGAGUCCUCUGCAUAUUGCUGCAUCUGCUGGCCGAGAUGAAAUUGUGAAAACUCUCAUUAGGAAAGGUGCUCAGGUGAAUGCUGUCAAUCAGAAUGGCUGCACGCCUCUGCAUUAUGCAGCAUCCAAAAAUAGGCAGGAGGUAAGAUUUUACUUGCUUCCUCACCUUCUCAUUGCUCAACACAAAGCAGCCUGUUUGGUAACCUUCGUCUUUCCCCACUCAUAGAUUGCACUAAUGCUGUUGGAGAAUAGCGCUAAUCCAGAUGCAAAAGAUCACUUGGCAUCUACUCCACUACACAGAGCAGCAUCCAAAGGAAACCUGAAAAUGAUACAAAUUCUUUUGAAGUACAAAGCUUCUGCCAAUCUACAGGAUUCAGAGGGAAACACAGCUCUGUAAGAACUAACGUAUUUGUGGUAGAUUUUGCCCUAGUUUGUUUGAACCAUACUUUUCAAGUUCAUUGAUAUUAAUACUUCUUUACUUAGCACAAACUAUUCUCUAAUGCUGAGAGUUUUCAUUUAACAGGCUCAGUAACUUUUUUUUUUAAACAAUUCAAACUGAGCUUCUUGGGAUUCUACAAGAGAGGCUGUAUUCUAAGAUGUAUGGUGCAUAAACAUCCACACCAUAGCUGUCAACUGUCCCUUAUUUGGCGGGAAACUCCCUUAUCCCAGCACCGUUUCCCGCUGCUGUCCCGGAUUGAUGAUGUCCCUUAAAUUUCCCGGGUUUCAUGCUCACCCGGCUCCGGAGGGAAGCAGCGUCUCGGGGUCCUUCGCCUCAGGCCGCGUCUCCGUCUCUCCCUUUCCCCCCUCAGGGGCGCGUCGUGAGGAGACAGGUGGCGGCGGGCGGGCAGGCAGCCCCUCUUUUGCUAGACUUCCGCCGCGCUGCCCGGGGAAGCUGGAGGCGGUGGCGGUGGCUGAGGAGGCAGCCUGAGGGAGGAGGAAGAGGAGGGACGCAGAAGGGCAGCGCUUCAGCAGCCGCUGUGGCACCACAACCGUCUCAUGCCGGGCUCGCAGGCGGCGUAGGCGAGAGUCUCCCUCCCUCCCUCCCUCUCUCUCAGGCGGGGAAGGGUCGAUGGAACUCCUUGUGCCAGGAUGACGGCAGCCCCGAUGUGCUGCUUAGCUUACCCUCCAACCAGUGCAGCAUCUUAAUGUAGUGAUUUCCCCCUCUGCAUCCCUUUGCUGGGUUGCUGCACUGUGGGAACCACUGCUUGAGGCUUUGUUUGGCUGCUUUGUUUGGUUGACUAAAAUCCCUUAUUUUGGCUGCUGAUCCCUUAUUUUCGAGGCUGCUGGUCCCUUAUUUUCAAAUCUGUAAGUUGACAGCUAUGAUCCACACAGAUUUUACGCAGCCUAAUCCCAAACAUAAAUCCCACUGAGUUCAGUCCCAUUGAUUCUUUAGUAAAUGCAUGUGGGAUUGUAGUGAAGAGCCUGGUGUUAGGUAUGUUUAUUUAAGAUAUGCAUCCUACCAAGCUACUUAACUUCCAAGUAGGUGCACCCUGUUGCAGUUCUGGCCUUGGUUGAGAUUUUGCAUCAAAUUAUGAUUUUGAGUAACAGUAGUUUGAAAUCAAACCAUGGCUUGUAUGUCCAGGUGAACAACAGGCUAACUGUGAGUUAAAGCUGUUUAUGACUAUAAUCCUAACGCUAUUCACCUGGGUUUACACUGUCAGUUGCUUUUGUUUUCUGUCAUGAGUUUUGUGACAUCCUCUUACCGCAGUAGCAUCUAGAGGUGGAACAAUUGCUGUAACUAUCAUGUCAAUUCAGAUAUUGUGCCAAACUAUAGUGAAUGGUGGUUCAGCGUGAUCUUGGUUUAGCAUAGUGUCUGAAUUGAGCCUUAAACACCUUGAUGUAAAUGAUGGGAUUUCACAGGGGGACAGGGGUUAGUUCAGGCCUACUUUUAAAAUAGGUGGGGCCUACAAAGAAAUACAGGCUGACAGCUCAUUACUGCCUUGUCAUGUGUCUCUAGCAUAGUUGGUAAUUUUUCAUCUUAUUUACAGCCAUUUAGCCUGUGAUGAAGAGAGAGCAGAUGAAGCUAAACUACUAGUGUCUCACGGAGCAAGCAUAUACAUUGAGAACAAAGAAGACAAGACUCCACUGCAAGUUGCAAAAGGUGGCCUGGGUUCCAUACUAAGGAGGCUAGUUGAAGGCUAGCUGUGUCAGUCAAAUUGAAUUCCAUUCUUCGUGAAAGUACUGAAGACUUUUCACUGUCUUUAGGUUGGCUUUAACAGUCACAACUUGAAUUUUUAUUGUACUGCAUCAAUUACACUUCUCUACAUUUUCCAUGGCCAAACAAAACUUUAUAAUUUUUUGUUGCUAAGUUUAUUGUUGCUUAAAAAAAAUUUAAAGCCCUGCUUUUCCUAUAGAAAGAAUCUAUCUUUCUAUACAGGUUCUAACGAUCUUUUUAAAUACAUUUGCUUGUAAAGGAACAGUAUUCAAUAUUUCCUCAAGGCAGUUCUUGUUAACUAAGUUUAUUACUCAGUUCAAGUGUCAUCAUGGUUGUGCGAAAUAAAAUUUGGGGAAGGAGAAUGAGGACUGUGUAAAAGCUGUUUGCUUUGUUGUAUGUCUCCUUGGAAUUCUUAUUUACAGAAACCUGUUGGUUCAACCUUAUACCCAGUACAGGGAGAGUGUUAUAGGAAUGGAGCAUUGUGGGAAGGCAGUGGGCUUAAUUCAGCUAAAGCGAUUAUAGAUAUAGGAAGGCUGUAAACAAAAAUAGCCAAGUGCUGUGGCACCUUAACAGAUUAAAAGGGUUACUGUGCCAUGAACUUGUGUAGACAACUGUCAAUCUCAGUAGGCUGCUUCUUAAACAAAAUAUGUUUGUUUAAAAUGUUGCUAAGUAACAGCUAUAAAGAGAACAAAUAAAUCCCAAUUUUUGCAGUAAGAACAUUUGGCCAAGUUGGAUUUGUUUCUCCUCUUCCUCUUCUCCCUUCCCAAGGGUGGUGUUGAGCUGUGUGGCUUAAUGCAAAUAGCUUUAUACAACUGGAAUGAUUUCUUAUGCCCUAAGCUACUUAUAAUAAAAUAUUACUUGCUCCUUAGAUCAGUUCAGUUCAGUCCUUCAUAAGGUGCAUAAAAAGUCUUCCAAUGUC